AUGGCAAACUCAAACCUCCAAACCGAGCAAUACACCGCCCCAAACUUCACCGAAAGCUGCGGCGCUAUCGCCAUCAAGAAAAGCACACGUCAGAUCUGCCUCAUAGGCCAACAGGGGAGAUACGGCUACAACUACCUUCUCCCCAAAGGCCGUCGUAAUGUUGGCGAGGACCGCACCUUCGUUGCAGUGCGCGAAAUGCAGGAGAGACUGACUCGCGCGCCGCCCGCAGGCAUCAAUACUUUCGGACCAUUAGACCACGAGGAGAAGGGCGAGCAGUUCAUGAUGACGGUGCGGCAUACUGGUCCUGGACAGGUGAAGGUGAUCUGGUGGUACAUUGGUGCCAUUGAUGAGAGUGUGGCGAAGGCGCGUGAGGAGGAUGUUUAUGAGGCUGUUUUGUUGACGUUCGAGGAAGCCUUGCGGACGAUUACGUACGAGGAUGAUCGAAGGGUUGUGAGGGAGGCUGAGAGGAUAUUUGAGCACUCAUACCCAAAGACUCGAGCUUGA